GUACAGAGAGAGACGAGAGAGUAAAACACACUGACGUAGUUAGAACACGGAGUGGACGUCUACGCUGUUAGCUUCUUGUGCUACCUGUAGUUUAUUUGAAAGGAGGACAAAAAGAGACACCGCGGAGCUUUUCUUUGGGGAAAAAAAUGUUAACGAACACGGCUUUUACCGAGUGAGAGUUGUGUUAUGGAGUGUUCAGUUAGUUAGUUAGCUCGCUAGCACAGUGAUGCUAGCUAGCGUCUCCGAAGAAACAGCCAGCAAUGACUGACAGCGACUUCUAUGGAUACAUAUCUGUCCGUGCAGGUGUUUAAAGCGCUGCCAAACACUGGUUCGUCUUCGGAAAAGGUCCCACUACCCCGCAGACUGUCAUGGACAAGGUGAAAUCACUCAGUUUUAGCAAUGAUGAGGAUGAAGAGCUGCUCUCCACUGAUCCAGAGAGUAAAGAGAAGAGCAAAGACAAAAAAACACUGUGCAAAGUAAAGUGGUCCAGAGAUGAGGACGACAAGCUGAAAAAGCUUGUCGAGCAGCAUGGGACAGAUUCCUGGAAAUUAAUUGCCACAUUUCUCCCUGGGAGGACAGAUGGCCAGUGUCAGCACCGCUGGCAGAAGGUGCUCAACCCAGAGCUGGUGAAAGGACCCUGGACAAAAGAGGAGGAUCAAAAGGUUAUUGACCUCGUACACAAGUAUGGCCCCAAACGUUGGUCGGUGAUCGCAAAGCAUCUCCAGGGGAGGAUCGGAAAGCAGUGCCGCGAAAGGUGGCACAAUCAUCUCAACCCAGAGGUGAAAAAGUCUUCAUGGACUCAAGAAGAGGAUCGAAUCAUCUACGAUGCCCACAAACGCCUGGGCAACCGCUGGGCAGAGAUCUCCAAGCUUCUUCCUGGACGGACGGAUAACUCCAUCAAGAACCACUGGAACUCAACCAUGAGGAGGAAGGUGGAGCAUGAGGGCUACCUGCAAGAAGAUGGCAAGCCUUUGACGUCUACACAUACAGGAGGAAAGAGACGCCAUCACAGGCUGUGUCCCCCAACAACAACAGCAGAGCCUCAGAGCUGUGAUCACAGUCCACUAUCGAUACCAGGACCCAGCCAGCUUGGAGGAUUCUCGUAUGAUCCUCACAGUGGACACAUGAUGGACAGUCUCCCUGAAAACUCGGGCUUCACACCACCAUCCUGCCUGGAUGAUCCUGACAGAGAGCAAAGAAUUAAGGAGCUUGAGCUGCUGCUUAUGUCAGCAGAGAAUGAAGUCCACCGACAAGUGCAGUGCAGAGGUCCCUAUAGCUUGGAGCCCUACUCAGUUUGGUCAGACAGUGUGUCAGAAGAUACAUUAACCACAAGUAGCAGCAGCCUGGAAGAGCAGGCUGAGAGAAAGCCCUGGAGCAGCCCUGAGCUUCCUCCAGCUCCGACACCGCUUCCUGUCUCUCCCAGUAAAUUCCUGGCCGUGGAAGCCAGCACGGUGCUCUCCACCCUGCAGACCAUACCGGAAUUUGCGGAAACCAUGGAGCUCAUCGACUCUAUGUGUUUUGCUCUGCAGGACCCUGUCAUGUGGAGCGAUAUGGCCAGUUUCGACCUGUCGGAGGCAGUAACGCCGCCGAGACACAAUCUGGCAGGCUACAACACGCUCCUGCAAGAGAGGACGGAGGACAGUUCCAUGGGCUACACAUUCAACAAUUCCACUGCCGUUUCAGGCCAAGAGAAAAACUGUACUUCAUUUGGUCUGGCCAGUGUCACCGCCCUGACUCCCAUCAACUCCUCCAAACCCUCCCAGACAAACACAGGGAGGAGGAGGAGGAGAGAAAGGGGGGAGCCCUCCCCUCUGUGUGAAAGGACCUGUUCCUCUUUCUUGGAAAAUAAUCCAAAUUCUCCAAAGAAAACGCCCACAAAAUCACUGCCGUUCACCCCAUCACGAUUCUGCAACCUGGAUAACCCUGCCCUCACCUCAACUCCCGUGUGUGGCCAAAGGUGUCUCCUUUACACACCGCUCCACAAAGAAACCACACCUAAGCACCAGAAAGAGAAUGAUGGCUCACGGACACCCAAAUUCCGUAAAACUGUAAUGAUUCCAACACCAAGGACACCGACACCUUUCAAAAAUGCUUUGGCUGCCCAGGAGAAAAUGCACGGCCCACUGAAGAUAGAGCCUCAGUCGUUGGCGUUGCUCGAAGAGGACAUUCGCGAAGUUCUGAAGCAGGAGACUGGAGCAGAUAUCUUCCACAGAGCUGACGUCCAGCCUGACUACAGAGCAUGGAAACACAAUAUGGAUGGCCCUGCAAGAAAAGUGCGCAAAUCCCUUGUCCUCGACCCAUGGGCUAAAGACGGCCUCAACGUCCAACUCUUCCAAGAGCAGCUCAACAACACAGAAAAACCAGAGGAAAAUCUCCUGACGAGCUCCUCAUUGAUCAGCCCAAUCCCCGAGCAAGAGGAGUGCAGCCACCCUUUGACAUGUGCGAGAGAGGAAUCCUCAGUCAUCCUCGAAAAACCCCAUCGCUUUACCAGCCUGUGUGUGAAGAAGCUCCCUGCCUCGAAAGCACCAAAGCAUGCCACUGUACAGGUGAGUGAGUGGGAAGCAGUGGUUUAUGGGAAGACCGAGGACCAGCUGAUUAUGACCGAACAGGCCCGUCAAUACCUGAACCCCUACCCGUCAUCUGGCUCUACCUCAAGGGCCCUUGUGCUUUAAAGCCGUGUCCCCAUCCCCCGCUGCACUGGUAACACUACUUACCCCGUCCAUCAUCCAUCCAACAACUAAAACCUCCACUGAAUCCUGUAAGAGACAAUCCAGUGAAGACAAAUGAUUUUAUUUUUAUUUUCGAUGCAGAUAUGCACUGCCAAGUUUCAUCCACAAAAACAGUACGGCUGCUUUUUUGUGGUAAUAUUUCACACAGUAAAAUCACUGCCUGAGGUUUUGGCCUGUACUCUCACCUAGCUACAUGAACAUUUAUGUACAAACAUGAAGGAAAAAGGCUCGAUUGUUUUGUUUUCUGCACUAGUUAGUGAUGUUGAAACUACCUGCACAUACAAUAGGCUGUUAGAGAAUAGUGUUUAUUAUUAGCAGUGGCUGCUUCCGAGUUUUAUAUCGUUAAUAUAUUGUUUUAAAUAACAAGAUUUUAUGACUAUGUGCGUCGACAUGUUAAACUGCCCCCGUUUGCUGUUGCAUCUGUAGCCUUUUAUUUUUAACACACAGACACAUACAGUAGAGAAUAUAAUGACACAAUAAUGAAGGUACACGUCUUUAUGGACAGCAGUGUUACUGCUGAGUACUAUAUCAUGGUGGUGUGAAGGUUUUUUUUGGGGGGGGGGUGGAGUGGAGAUGGGAAGCUGUCGUCAGUAUUGCACUACUAAGUUGAUUUUCUUUGCUGCUGAGAAUGGAGCAGUGAGUUUAAGGGCAAACUGGAUAGCACUUGUAAUGAUAUCUUUCUUUUUUAUUAUUAUUUUCUAAAAACAAAACAUUUCCUUUCCAAGGCCAUAAUGUCCGUCGAGACAUGGGUUGAAUGUAUUUCAUUGCAAUGUAACGUGUGAGAACCUCAAGAAUGGAAAGGGUACCUUUUUAUUAUGUUUAUUUCUGUUUGUUUUUUUUAUUUAUUAUUGGACAGCUCGAAAGCUUAGAUAUUAAUAUAAAUCAGAUACCAUGAGGGUUUUUUCUUUCUUAAAGAAGUUUAACUUUAACUGACACAGCAGCCUCAAAGUAACCUAUCAACCUAAAAGUCUAUAAUGGGAAAAAAAAAUGAAUGGCCACCAUUGUUUUUGGUCACUUAGUGGCCAGUUUUCACAUCAUCAUCAGUGUUCAAUAACAGGCAAGAAGGAUUUACAUUUGUAUGUGAAGGCUGUAGGUUUUUAUUUAUUUAAUGUUUACUAAUUUAUUUAUUUCUUUAAAAAAAAACAUUUUAAGAGAAAUUAUUGAAGAAUCUUUAUUCAAAAUCAGGAUUGGGCUAUCAUUUCAUUACUUGGUAGAAUGUUCACUGCCAUUAAUUUAAUUUCUCCCCCUCCCCUGGACUGACAGGUUCUAGCAAAUUAAUGUGUAGUUGAAUCUGUGAUUGUGUAACAUAUUAUUGAUUAUUCCUUUGAUUUAAAUGUGCUCUUUGCUAUUAGGUAGCCGGACUCCAUCUCUGACCUCUAAUCAUAGACAAAUUGCACUUUUUUUACUCAUUUAAGUUUAAAUGCUUGUUCUGAGGAAGUCGCUCUUGUCCUCUUUAUUUGUGUGUGUGUGUGUGUGUGUGUGUGUGUGUGUGUGUAUGUGUCUUAGAUAGAUGUCUUCUCAUUUUGUUUUGGAUGCUGACACCAUGUUUUUUUUGACCUGUUCUUUUCUCUUGUUCUGCUGCUGAAACGUGUUUUAAAUGCACUACAUACAUAUGUUAUGUAAUCCUUUCAUGACACAUUUUUACACAAAUGAUUACAGCAAUAUCUACAUUGAUCACUGCCACAGCAAGUGCGUCAAAAACCCUUAAGCGAGACCCCCGAAUCCCUGCCUGCUCACUCAUUUUUUUUAAAUGUAAUGUAAAUACACAGUGAUUCCGGGGAAAUGUACGACACAGCGCUUCCAUUUUAAACUUCCAUUAAUCAGACUUUUCCAUAAUCUGGUUAAGUAAUGCUACAGCUAUAAAUGGUCUUUGUAUUAUCGGCAUUAAUGGAACCCGUAUUAGUCAUAAUCUGGAUUAUCCCGUGUUAAGCGUUCGAGUGAGACUAAAAAAGGGAAUCUUGUCGGUGGGGGGGAGAAAGACGAGUAAUAAACAACUCUAAAUCAGAACACGACUCUAAAACAGAAAGAUGACUCGCAUCCAUACAAGACACUGAGAGAUGACUCUGAUCUGUACAUAUAUAUAUAUUUGUUACUUGUUUUGGUUUUGUGUUCAUGUGUCCGCAUGUUAACACGCUCUUGGUACGCAUCGUAGGUUUUUGAGGUACAUAGAACACAGGAUAGUAGCAUUUGUCAUACACUACUGUAGUUACGCAUGAGCAAUAACACACACACACAAGACGCUGGACUUUUUGCUUUCGUUUUUUACCGGGAGAAUCACGAGAUGUAACACUUGCAAAGUAUAUUUUGUAGCAGUUGAACUCAUAAUCCAGGCGAUACCAUAGAAAUCCAGCCGCCGACUAUCUUUGUAACCUUGUACUUAAUUUGUAAAAAAAAUAAAUGCAUUUGGUGCAUGA